GUCGCGCAGUCCCGUAAGCAGCCAACAUGGCCGCUUCCAUCAGACCGCUGCUGCGGAGGGCGAUCCGUUCCUCUCACAGAAACGUCGGCGUUGCCGCUGCCGGAGUUGCGGGUCGGUCGGGUUGCUGUCGGGCACCGUCGACCUGUCGGUGUUUCGGCGACGUCGCCGGAGACAGAAGCACACAUUUCGGGUUCGAAACGGUGCCGGAGAGCGAGAAGGCGAAGAAAGUGUACAAGGUGUUUGAGAACGUGGCGCAGAAGUAUGACACCAUGAACGAUGCCAUGAGUCUGGGAAUUCAUCGCCUGUGGAAGGACAUGCUGCUGCACGCCAUGCGCCCGCAGCCCGGCGUGCACCUCUUGGACGUGGCGGGCGGAACGGGUGACAUCGCCUUCCGUUUCCUGGAGUACGUUCGCGCUCAGCGAGAGCGGCAGAAGCGGCGGGCGCCGUCGUGGCGGGACAUCUCCGAGGACGAGGACGAGGUCGCCCCCCGGGAAUCCAGGGCCGUGGUCUGUGACAUCAACAAGGAGAUGCUGAGAGUGGGCAAGCGGAAAGCCGACAGCGCGGGCAUCAGUGCUGGUCUGUCGUGGGUGGCGGGGGACGCCGAGGAGCUGCCCUUUGGUGACGACCUGUUCGAUGUUUACACCAUCGCCUUUGGCAUUCGAAACGUCACCCGCAUAGAUCAGGCGCUGCAGGAGGCUCUGCGGGUUCUGAAGCCCGGCGGCCGAUUCAUGUGCUUAGAGUUCAGCAAAGUGACAAAUCCCGUGUUGUCGAGACUUUAUGACGAAUACAGUUUCAAGAUGAUACCGGUUUUGGGAGAGGUGAUCGCUGGAGACUGGAAGUCGUACCAGUACCUGGUAGAAAGCAUCCGCAAGUUCCCGGACCAGGAGGAGUUUAAACAUAUGAUUGAGGACGCCGGUUUCUACUGCGUGAAGUACCACAACUUCACCGGAGGAGUCGUGGCGCUUCACUCCGGCUUCAAGCUGUGAGCCGCUCCUCUCGGACGUCUCUGCGCAUAUUUACCGUUUUAUUUUCCUGCAUAUUCUUCUUCUUUUUGUUUUGUUUUUGUGGGGUUCAGAGACAUUUUAAACUGUAGCAAUAAAUAAAUAAAAAUCUGUUGUCAGUGUUGUGACUAUUGGCGAGUGAGUGACACUAUUUAAGUGCGCUUAGUUUUCAAAGAAUAAAAAUAUUGUUUAAAUAAA